CUCACUGCUAUGACCACACCACUGAAAGAUGCAAUGGACACCUUGAUCAAGAUUUUCCAUCACUACUCUGGCAAAGAAGGAGACAGAUACAAGCUCAGUAAAGGAGAACUCAAGGAGCUUCUCACCAGUGAGCUCACUGACUUCCUUUCAGGCCAAAAGGACCCACUCCUGGUCGAUAAGAUUAUGAAAGAUCUGGACUCCAAUGAUGACAAUGAAUUGGAUUUUAAUGAAUUUGUCAUUCUGGUUGCUGCUUUGACUGUGGCAUGUAAUGAUUUCUUUGAAGAACAGCUAAAGAAAGAGGAAUUUUAAAAAUCCUCUAUAUAAUCAAUCUCCUGGCCACAAAUACAAGCAAAGCAUGUCUAGUUAGGUAACCCUCAUGGGUGCUCACCGCGUGCAA